GCAGUGCCGCUGCCGCUGCCGCCGCGCCCCUGGCCAUCCGCGUUGCCCGCCGAGCCCCGCCGAGCCGCUGCCGCCUGCCAGACUCUCAGCCUCUCCACCUGUAAGAUGCUCUCCCUGGAUCCGCUGGGUCCCGAGUGGGGCUGCCCCCUUGGCUCCAAGGACCUGGAGGAAGAAGAGGGCCCGUGGGGAGGGGGCCCUGGUCUGCCGCCCCCAGGCUGCUUCCCUGGCUCCUGGCGCCAUGACGUGGGCCUGGACUGCAAGGGCUCCCCCGAUGGGGCAGAGGCCCGGGCCUGGACUGUCUACUACUACAGCCUCCUGCAGAGCUGUCUGCAGCAAGCUGGCCUUCCGGAGACCCAGGACCGCAGCCAGGUGCCCCGCACAGGCUGCCCUGGGGCAGAGGUGACCUUGUGCAUUCUGGGAUCCCCCAGCACCUUUCUGUCCCUGCUGCUGGAGGGUGGGGUCCAGAGCCCCGGAAACAUGCUCCUUUGCCUGUCCCCUGCUUGGCUGACGAAGGUGCCAGCACCAGGGCAGCCGGGUGAGGCAGCCCUGCUGGUCUCCAAGGCUGUGAGCUUCCACCCAGGGGGCCUGACGUUCCUGGAUGACUUUAUCCCCCCACGCCGGGCCACCUACUUCCUGGCGGGCCUGGGGCUAGGGCCUGGCUGGGGUCGAGAGGCGGCUGAGCUUUCUCGCGACCUGACUUGCCCCACGGGAGCCUCAGCAGAGCUGGCCCGGCUGCUGGAGGACCGGUUGCUGACGAGGCGAUUGCUGGCCCAGCAGGGUGGUGAUGUGGCCGUGCCAGCUACCCUGGCUUUCACCUACAAGCCACCAGCACUGCUGCGGGGAGGGGAUGCCAGCCCGGGACUACGGCUGGUGGAGCUGAGUGGCAAAGAGGGCCAGGAGACCCUGGUGAAGGAGGAAGUAGGGGCCUUUCUGCACUCCAAGGCCCUGGGUGAUGCUCUGCAGGUGUCCGUAAAGCUCAGUGGCUGGCGCUGGCGGGGGCGGCAGGCAUUGCGUCUGCAUCCACGGACAGAACUGGGCUCAGUGGUGGACACAGUGCUGGCAUUGCUGGAGAAACUGGAGGAGGAGGAGAGUGUCCUGGUGGAGGCUGUGUGCCCCCCUGCCCAGCUGCCCUUCCCAGGCAGUCCUCCACCAGGCCCUGAGCUGGCUGUGCGGAUCUGUGCUGUGGUGUGUCGGACACAGGGUGACAGGCCUCUGCUGAGCAAGGUGGUGUGUGGUGUGGGCCGUGGGGAUCGGCCUCUGCGGCACCAGAACUCCUUGCCACAGACGCUGGAGGUGGCGCUGACCCAGUGCGGCCUGGGUGAGCCGGCGCAGGUGGCGGCCGUGCGGCGGCGCGUUAAGGCAGCGGCCGAGGCAGCGCUGGCCGCUAUGCUGGCCUUGGAGGCCGGCCUGAGCGCUGAGCAGCGCGGCGGGCGCCGGGUCCGUACUGACUUCCUCGGCGUGGACUUCGCGUUGACGGUGGCCGGCCGCACGCUGACCCCCGUAGCCCUGGAACUGAACGGCGGCCUGUGUCUGGAGGCUUGCGGCGCGCUCGAGGGGCUGUGGGCCGCGCCGCGCCCAGGGCCGGCGGCCGAGGAGACGGCGGCCGCGCCGCUCGUGGAGACCAUGCUGCGGCGCUCGGCGCGCUGCCUCAUGGAGGGCAAGCAACUGCUCCUGAUCGGCGCCGGCGGCAUCAGCAAGAAGUUCGUGUGGGAGGCGGCGCGCGACUACGGGCUCAAGCUGCACCUGGUGGAGUCAGAUCCCAAUCACUUUGCAUCUCAGCUGGUACAGACCUUCAUCCACUUCGAUGUUACAGAGCACCGGAGGGAUGAGGAGAAUGCACAGGUGCUGGCGGAGCUGGUGCGGGCACGCGGCCUGCAGUUAGAUGGUUGCUUCUCCUACUGGGACGAUUGCCUGGUGCUCACGGCCUUGCUCUGCCAAGAGCUGGGUCUGCCUUGUAGCCCCCCUGCCGCCAUGCGCCUGGCCAAGCAGAAGAGCCGCACCCAGCUGCACCUGUUGCGUCACCAUGGCCCACCCUGGCCUGCGGCCUCCCUCCAUGCUGUGCCCUGCUUCCCACUGGAGAGUGAGGCUGAUGUGGAGAAGGCUGUCUGCCAGGUGCCCCUGCCAGGUGUCAUGAAGCUGGAGUUUGGGGCAGGUGCAGUGGGAGUGCGGCUGGUGGAAGAUGCACCACAGUGCCACGAGCACUUCUCCCGCAUUGCCCAAGACCUACAGGGUGAAGCCGACCACCCCGGCAUUGGGUUAGGCUGGGGCAAUGCCAUGCUGCUGAUGGAGUUUAUUGAGGGCACUGAGCAUGACGUGGACCUGGUGGUGUUUGGAGGGCAGCUUCUGGCUGCCUUCGUCUCUGACAAUGGCCCCACUAGGCUGCCUGGCUUCACUGAGACGGCAGCCUGCAUGCCCACUGGACUGGCCCUGGAGCAAGAGGCACAGUUGGUGCAGGCAGCCUUCCGCUGUUGUCUGGGCUGUGGGCUACUGGAUGGCGUCUUCAACGUGGAGCUCAAGAUGACCGGGGCUGGACCACGACUCAUCGAGAUCAACCCCCGCAUGGGCGGCUUCUACCUGCGGGACUGGAUCCUGGAGCUCUAUGGUGUGGAUCUGCUGCUGGCUGCAGCUAUGGUGGCCUGUGGCCUGCGGCCCUCCUUGCCUGCCCACCCACGUGCUCGUAGCCACCUGGUGGGGGUUAUGUGUCUGGUGUCCCAGCACUUGCAGGCGCUGAGUUCCACCGCCAGCCGUGAGACCCUACAGGCUCUUCAUGACCGGGGCCUUCUGCGCCUCAAUCUGCUGGAGGAGGCCCUGGUGCCUGGCGAGUACGAGGAGCCCUACUGCAGUGUGGCCUGUGCUGGGCCCAGCCCAGCAGAGGCCCGCCUCCGCCUACUGGGCCUCUGCCAGGGCCUGGGCAUCGAUGGACCUCACUACCCUGUUGCCCACUUUCUAUCCCACUUCAAAUAGCACAGGGCCAGGGGGCGGGGUCCAAGCGCUGGAGGGGUGUUGUGGUGCCCUCAGCUCCCUGGUGCUCUCCCUGCCUCUCUCUCCAUAGCCCUGCCCCAACCCUGGCCUAGCCCACUCCAAGGCCCCCCCAGGUCUAUCCAGAGUGGCAAGGCCAUUUUGACACUAAGGCCUCCUGGAUUUGAGAGCCUCAAGAAGGUAUCUGGGGCUUCACUGGACCCUCUUGUCCUUCCAAAGGCCCCAGUCCAGCUCACAGCUGCCCAGGACUCUAGGCAUGGAGAAGCCAAACAGCUGCACACACAUACAGGGAGGAUGGAGUGGGCCCACCUACAGGAGGAGAGACCCUGCCUAGCCCUUGGCCUUGGACAAAUCCCAUGAGACUAAAUCCCUGUCCUCCUGCACCCACCCCCUCAUUUAACAAACUCCGGGAUAGUUCUAGAGCCUGAUGUGACAAUUUUGGCAGUGCUCCACCUGCCUCAUUUGGCCUGAGCAGUAGAAGCAGGAGACUUGGGGUAAUCAUCUCCUUUCCGAGCAGACAUGACUGCCCCAUUCUACAGAUGAGGAAACAGGCUCAGAGAGGGAAAAAAACACUGCCUCGAGGUCAUCCCGCAGUGGAUAGAGGGUCGCAGGACAAGAUGUAAGGUCCAGGUUUCCACUUCUUACUAAGUCUUACAUGCCCACUCAGCUUCUAGGCCCCACUCACCUCUUGUCCUCAUUCAUAUGUGGCCCUGAGACAUGUGAACACCCUCUUCCCAUGCCCCAGGCACCUUCUCCACCAAACUACCAAACUAGCAUUGGCAGCAGAGAGUCUAUACUCCUUUCUUGACUCAGGGAAGGCUGCUUUAAGAACUCUGCCUUCAUACAGCACAGGAGCUGUGGACAGCUCCACAAGCAUCCCUCCCCAAAUAAAGGCUUAUAAACUAAUGAAAUGUCUGG